AUGCCUCUUGAGUCCAAUGAAACCCUCGAUCGCGAGGAUGCCCCGUUCCUCGCCUCGGGUCAAAGGCCCUCCUCCCCAGUGGAAGAGGAGUCUGGCCCGUCGGAUGCAGAGAAAGAACACCUUCGGAAAACUCGCCUUCGCUUAAUGUUGACCCUUUUUGCCAUGAUCUUGGCCGUCGAAGUCGGCAUCUGCAUGUCCAACGGCCCCGUCACCCGUAUAUACGAGUCCAUCGCCUGUCGAGAAUACUACGCGCAAUAUGAUCCCACCCAGAUUGGGGCCGACGGCGAGGUCCAGGAGGAAUUGUGCAAAGUUAAAGCGGUCCAGCAGGAUCUGGCUGCAGUGAAGGGCUAUAUGGAGUUCUUCGAUGGCAUUCUGAGUGCUGUGCUAGCAAUUCCAUACGGCUUGUUGGCUGAUCGACGGGGCCGGAAAUCCACCAUCUGUCUGAGCAUUCCCGGUUUCGCCCUGAACUGCAUUAUUCAGCUGGUGGUUAUGUGGCGCCCAGACGUCUUCCCUCUGCGAACUGUCUGGGCAUCCUCUUUGGCUUGGUUGUUUGGCGGAGGCCCUGUUGUAGCAUUUGCCAUCAUCUGGACAAUGAUGUCGGAUGUGUCAACAGAAGAAGAAAGAGCGGCGAUAUUCUUCAGGUUCGGCGUGGCUAGCAUGGGAGCCGAUUUCGCCUCUAGUGCCGCCAGUUCCUGGUUGAUGGCAUUAGACCCAUGGCUUCCUCUGUUGUUGGGCUGGGGUUUGGCUGUUGUUGGCAUGUUCUUCGCCUUAUCAUUACCGGAAACGAUGCGUGUAGGGUCAUCGCAACCGUCUUGGAAGCAGCCGAGCAUGGAGAUGAGCCAAGUAUCACCCGGGAACGCCGAGUAUAAGGAAGUUCCCAGCAAGGAACAAGAACACGAGGUACUCAGCGAUGAAGAGACCCUCCAAGGGGAAGAAGCUUCUUUCACCGCGAAAGCAGCACGACCAACCUUCUUCGCUUCGGCGAAACAACGGUCGCGAGCCUAUUUCGCGCCGUAUUCCUUCAUUUUCAGAAACAAGCAGAUCAUGCUCCUCCUUACCGCGUUUCUUGUCUAUCGACUGAGCCGUGGCUCGUCCUGGUUUUUGGUCCAAUACAUCUCCACCCGUUACAAGUGGACCCUGGCAGAAGCGAACUUCCUCAUGUCAUUCAAGCCGGCCUUGACCAUCCCAUUGUUCCUGUUCAUCCUACCGGCUAUUUCACGACAACUUCUCAAAACCAUGAAGCCGACCCAGAAAGACCUGCAGCUCAUGCGCAUCAGUAUUGGGCUGUUGGCGGUCGGAACGUUGGGAAUCGGCCUUUCACCGAGCGUGGCGAUGUUGAUUCCCAGUCUGCUAGUUCAGACAUCCGGGUCUGGAUUUGUCUUCCUGACUCGUGCUCUCAUUACCACGUUGGUGAAUCGGGAAGAAACAGCCCGUCUCUUCACCAUUAUUGAGGUCCUGCAAUCAGUGGGCAAUGUCAUUGCCAGUUUGUCCAUCACCACAGUGUUCCAAAUUGGACUGGAACUUGGAGGGGCUUGGAUCGGUCUGGCCUGGAUGAUGACUGCGACAGCCUUCACUUUGGUAGGCGUCGCUAUCUGGAUGUUCCGGAUUCCUUCUCGUCAGUCGGAUGACAAGGUAGAGGAAGAGAAUGUGGUGUUUUGA